AUGACAGGCAGCAACACCAUAGUUCUCAUCUCAGGAGCCAAUCGAGGCCUUGGCAGAGGUCUGCUUGAGAAGUACCUUGCACAGCCAAACCACAUCGUCAUUGCAGCGAAUAGAGCUCCAAACCCGACAACUGCAAAGGAAUUCCAGAGCCUCCCCAGUGGAGCAGGCAGCAAAGUCAUCGUCGUCAAGCUCGACGCAACUGUGACUGAGGAUGCGUUCGACGCUGUUCGUGAGCUCCAGAGCGAAGGAAUCCAGCAUUUGGACACUGUGAUCGCGAAUGCCGGUUUCAGUUUCAGUUUUCCAGCUGUAAAGGAUCUGAAGCCCGACGAUAUGCAGAAGCAUCUGGUUCCAAAUGUCUAUGGCGUGGUGAGCUUGUAUCGGGCGACAAGAGAUCUGCUGAACAAGGCUGCGGGGCCGAAAUUUAUCACCAUGGGUAGCAGUGCGGGAUGGCUUGAAAACCAGCAUCCAGUUUCGAAUGCAGCUUAUGGUCCAACCAAGGCAGCGGUACACUGGUUGACGAAGCGCAUGAAUGGUGAAGAGGACAAAAUUACUGCCUUCGUGAUGGAACCUGGAUUCGUUCAGACAGAUAUGGGCAAUAAGGGCGCAAAGGCUAUUGGCUUUGGUGAUAUGGCGCCGCUUCCAGUGGAGGACUCCGUCAGUGGCAUGAAGAAGGUGAUCGACGCCGCAACCAAAGAGUCUCAUGGCGGCAAGCUCUGGGGUUGGGACGGCGAGAAGCAGCAGUGGUAGCCAGACCAGGCGAAAAGUCCAAGAAAGCGUAGAAGAGAAGAGUUCGCAGGUUUGGCAGUUGGUUAAUAAAUGUCGAGCGAUGCCGUAUUUCGCAAAAAGACUG